AUGUGGUCAAACGAAGAGCUCGACGCUAACGCCAACGGCGUCAUAAGCACUGGAGAUGUGAAUCUGGAUAAACUGCUGAAUCAGUGGAUUAUUUGGGAUAAGAAUGCAGCAACACAGUCGCAGAUCAAAAGCCUGGCACAGGAAGGCCGUGUGGAGGAACUGAGGAGGAGGCUGUGCUCCCGGAUGUCUUUUGGAACUGCUGGGCUAAGAGCAGCUAUGGGUGGUGGAUUUUCUCGAGUCAAUGAUCUCACCAUAAUCCAGUCAACACAGGGCAUGUACGUGUACUUGGCUAAGGGUUUUCCUGAUUUGGCUAGCAGAGGCCUGGUGGUUGGCUAUGAUACCCGGGGACAGGAAUGCAGUGAAUGCACUAGUGAAAGGCUUGCAAGACUGACCGCAACUGUAAUGCUUUCCAAAGAUGUUCCCGUUUUUCUGUUUUCCACCUACGUUCCUACCCCAUUUGUGCCGUAUGCUGUAAAGAAGUUUGGUGCUGCUGCAGGUGUAAUGAUCACUGCUUCUCACAACAGGAAGGAGGACAAUGGAUACAAGGUGUACUGGCAGAACAGUGCACAGAUCUCUUCACCACAUGAUAAAGAAAUUUUACGUUGCAUAGAGGACAAUGUUGAACCCUGGCCUAAAUCCUGGAACGAUGAUUUGGUUGAGAGCAGCUCAUUAAGGAAAGACCCACUGGACGACAUCUGUCGCUGGUACAUGGAGGAUCUGAGUACUCUCUGCUUUCACAGAGAGCUCAAUUCUCUGUCUCCCUUGAAGUUCGUGCAUUCAUCCUUCCAUGGAGUCGGACAUGUCUACGUACAGAAAGCAUUUCAGGUGUUCGGCUUUCCACCUCCUGUCCCUGUACCAGAACAGAUGAAUCCAGAUCCAGACUUUUCCACUGUCAGCUGCCCUAACCCAGAGGAGGGAGAGUCAGUUCUGGAGCUUUCACUUCGGCUUGCAGAGAGAGAGGGGGCUAGGAUUGUGUUGGCCACAGAUCCUGAUGCUGAUCGCCUGGCUGUUGCAGAGCAGUGUGACAAGUUUGGUUGGAAAAUCUUUACUGGGAAUGAGCUUGCUGCAUUGCUGGGCUGGUGGAUGCUGUUUAAUUGGAGGGAGACUCAUCCAGAUCCAGCAGAGACUCAGAAUGUGUACAUGCUCGCCACCACUGUCUCCUCAAAAAUCCUUAAGGCCAUGGCCCAAAUGGAGGGCUUCUACUUUGAGGAAACACUACCUGGCUUCAAAUGGAUUGGAAAUCGAAUCCACGAGUUAACCAAAACGGGAAAGGAGGUUAUUUUUUCCUUUGAGGAGUCGAUUGGCUUUCUGUGUGGAAGAACGGUUCUUGACAAGGAUGGAGUUAGUGCUGCAGUUGUUGUUGCUGAGCUGGCAAGUUAUUUGAAUACCAAAAAUCUAACACUUAACCAACAACUUCGAAACAUCUAUGAGAUGUACGGCUACCACAUUUCCAAAACUUCAUAUGUUAUCUGCAAUGACCCCAUGACUGUGAAAAGAAUAUUCAGCCGUUUACGCAACUUUGAGGGUGAAGGCGUUUACCCAAAGAUAUGUGGCGGGUACAGCAUUGAUCACAUUAGGGAUGUGACUACAGGUUAUGACAGCAGUCAACCUGAUCAAAAAUGUGUUCUACCAUUGUCCAAAAGCAGCCAAAUGGUCACGUUCACAUUUCAGAAUGGCAUUGUUGCUACACUUAGGACUAGUGGAACCGAACCUAAAAUCAAGUACUACACAGAGUUCUGUGCACAGCCUGGAGAAAGUGAUCUUUCCAGUCUUGAAGAGGAGUUAAUUAAGGUGACCUCUGCUCUGGUGGAGGAGUUUCUGGAGCCGGUCAAGAACAAUCUUAUUCAGAGAUCAGUUUAGUCAGAUCUUGAGCUGGAGUUAUACUUGCUGUAUUACAGGUAUAGGGUCUGAAUAUAUACUACUGAAUACACAUCAAGUUUGCUUGCU